UCCGCCGCUGUACUCCCCGAGCCCCGGCUGAGAGCAGCUUCCUUCGCCGGUGCUUCGAGUGCGGUGUGGAGAGACUGACUGAGAGAAGGAGCUGCAGCAGCCGAACUAAAACCGCUUUCAGUUUUCAAGAUCACCAAAUCAGCAAUCGACUCAGAAGAUGUCUGCUGGAAACGCUAAAAUUGGACAGCCUGCUCCUCAGUUCAAGGCCACAGCAGUGGUGAAUGGCGAGUUUAAAGAAGUCCAGCUGUCCGACUACAGAGGGAAAUAUGUGGUGUUGUUCUUCUAUCCCCUGGACUUCACCUUCGUGUGCCCGACUGAGAUCAUUGCCUUCAGUGACCGUGCUGAGGAGUUCCGCAAGAUUGGCUGUGAGGUGAUCGCUGCCUCCACCGACUCCCACUUCAGCCACCUGGCCUGGACCAACACCCCAAGAAAACAGGGUGGACUGGGCUCCAUGAAAAUCCCCCUGGUGGCUGACCUGACCCAGUCUAUCUCCCAUGAUUACGGUGUGUUGAAGGAGGAUGAGGGCAUUGCCUACAGAGGGCUGUUUGUGAUUGACGAUAAGGGCAUCCUGCGACAGAUCACCAUUAAUGACCUGCCAGUGGGUCGCUCAGUUGAUGAGACCCUCAGGCUGGUCCAAGCCUUCCAGCACACUGACAAGCACGGAGAAGUCUGCCCUGCUGGGUGGAAGCCCGGAAGCGACACUAUUAUCCCUGACGUUCAGAAGAGCAAGGAGUUCUUCUCCAAGCAGUAACCCCUUUGCUGUGUCAGCCCCAUAGACUCCGAUACAGCAGGGAACUACUGAAGCACUUAACGCUACUCACUGAGCUCUUGUUAGUCCUGGCAACCCUGGUGUUCUUUUUCUCCCCUUUACAAGCCUUAGACAGAGAUUUCCACAUUAACACUGUUCCCGUCUCCCUUUACCUCAUCUAAAUACGUUAUCUGGUAAGUCGGUAGUCCCAUGCACUGAAAUUUCUGUAGUUUUUGUCUCAGUUUCAUUCAUUCUGUUGAAGAUUGGGAAGCAUUUUGUACUUGAUCGUCAAAGCCUGCCAUCUGAAGUUGUUAAACAUGCUGAAGUUGUCGAAUAAAGAAGAUGGUGUUACAUAAACU